UCGAUCAUCUGAAUAAUACCGAUAUAGGCAUUUUCACUAGAAUCAGUUAAUAAAAUCGGGUUGAACUACCGGCGUCGUGUUCAAAAUUGAAGAAAGAAAAAGGAAAAAUUACGCGGUUAUGAAUUAAUUUCCCGUCUCCCGCUUCACGCUGUUUGGGCCUGGGAGCCUCCAUUCAGGGACUCAGGGGCUGUGUGGCAUGAAAAGUACAUGUACCACACCUCCUAUUCAUACUCCUCAACUACGGAGUGCUACAAAAGAGCCAUGCCUGGCACGAUAUCGGAACCCUCGCCUCAAGAUGUGGCCGAGUUCAUCGAAAACUCGGUGCUGGACGUGAUCGUCCCCGCUGAUUCGCAGUUGGACUUGAAGAAGAGCUUGGAAGAAUGGGAUGGCGACGGUCAGGACGACGACGGGCAUCUACCGGCAUUCGUUCAACAGCGGCCGUUUUUAUUGCUCGAUGAGGUGGUGGACGUCUACGUGGUGCUUCGAACGCCGCUGGUAUCAGAAGCGGUCUUGAAUCCGCUGCUGUCGAAACUAGAGGUGAAUAUUGAGACAUGGGCGACGGGAAUCCCCCCUCCGCCGUUCCCCAGACACGGAGAUGCGAGACCGAACCAGCCGCCGCCUCCUGCGAAGGAGAUGCUGCAUUCGACCGCUGUAAACACGGCCGAAGAGCCGAUCGUAGCAGCAAGCGGCACCCAGAGUGACGAUGAGUCCGAUUCCAAACAAACGAUAUAUUUGUUCUGGAAAGCAACCAUCCCCCUAGCCCGCCCUCGUAUGAAGUUGCAGAAAGUCGCCGUGUUCUUCGCCGUCUCCGGAGCAUUGGCUCCAGAUCCAUCUCUAGAUACCCCCUCGACCGAAGACUACCUCCCAAGCGGCGUCCCGGCGGCCAUGAACCUGCUGGAGCCAUUCUCCCACGACCCUACCUUUGCCGGAGUUGGACCACGGCUCUCAGCACUUCGAAUCACGAAAGUAGUUCCGUCGAACACCAUAACCCCACAGGUCGCUCGGCCCAUUCGGACGACCGGGCAAAAGAGGAUGUACCGAGCUGCACCACCACUAUUAUGGCGGAUCCGCUAUUCGAAGAGCGCUUCCCCACCGAAGACGAACGAUCUGGUCGCGUCGUUCGAUUUUGAGAUCACGCCGUUCGCCUCCGCGGACAUCUUGAUUACCGACAUCUCCAUGUCCCUAUCGCAGGGCGUCGUAACUCCAUUCGGCACCAACCUGCCCAUCCAAUGCCAACCCGGCGACCAAGUCACCUGUCUCUACCGCCUCAACCCCGACCCCUCCCUCGACGAGCUUCUAUCCAACGAGUCCCGCAAACACCAACUCCGCCUGCACAUCACCGGCACCGCGCUCGUCUCCGCGACCUGCCGCCCACGCCUCGCCAUUGCCUGGAGCAUGCCCGUCGACUUCUCCACGCACACCAAGUUCGGCCACUCCCGCACCCGCUCCACCCUCCUCCACCAGUCCACCUCCAUCGAGAUCCCCCGCAGCCUGCCCCCGGGCCCCGGACCCGACGGGCACCGCGGGUCCGGAUCUACGGACAUCGAGCGACCGGGGACGUCGCAUAGCAUGACGACCGACUCCGGGGUGGUGAUCACGAUCUCGGCGCCGAGCGAAGUGCGCGUGGGGGAGGUGUUUACGUGGAAGCUGUUCAUCGUUAAUCGGUCGGAGUCACUGGUGCGGCUGGCCGUACUUGCGGUGUCGAAGCGGCGUACGCCGCGGCGGGGGGAUCGGUUGAGUGGGACGGGGGGACAGGAGAAGCGGACGUCUGGGACGGAGGCAAGCGAUGAGGAAAAGUUGGCGGAGCCGGUGGUGGAGGCGAAUUUGCUGUAUGGGAUGCUUAGGACGGGGGAAAUGGAACCGGCGGAACUGGUCUGUCUCACUACAGACUUGCGAGUUGGUCCGCUUGUUGCGGCCGCGUGCUAUUCCACCGAGCUCGAAUUCCUCCCCCUUUCUCCAGGACUGCUGCGGAUUGAAUCGCUGCGGGUGGUGGAUCUGAAUACGCAGGACACGACGGAUAUCCGCGACGUGCCGGAUAUCAUCGCCGUGGAAGGACAGUCCCCAAUACAUAUUUAAAUCAGUCCCUAAUUAAGCCAUCUACUAUAUCAAUAAAUUGGUCC